AUGGCGGACAUCUUCAAAGACGUUGACUUACUGCCCAAGUUAUACCUUGGCCUCGGUGUCGGCGCCCUUUCUUUAAUCGUACCUUACCUUCUUUCUAUCUUAAGCCAAUGGAACCUUUCGAGAAGGCUAUCCAAAUUUCCUUUUGUAAACCAACAAUGGGACGCGGCAGCUAAAGCCAAGUUCCACGUCAAUGCCGCCGACAUUAUCAAAGAGGGUUCCAAAUUGGUUCGCGGUUAUCUGGAAGACUUGGGAGAAUAAGAAGCUGACUUUGGAUUUAGGCAAAAGGAGAGGCAUUUCUCUUAAAUGAUAUGUCAAACGAAACUCUCGUCCUCCCACCCAAGUACACAGACGAAAUCAAGAACGAGAAGAACUUGGACUUCCACAACUUUGUUGCUAAGGUAUGAUUUUAAAAAUGCCCCAUUCGAAGAUAAUACUGAUGCUUGAUGUAGGAGUUCUUUUCUACCUAUCCCGGUUUUGAUGCUUUCAGCUUGUCUGUUGACCAAACUAUAUUCCAAGAUGCCGUCCGUACACAACUCACCCAAGCUCUUAGUAAGUGUACAAUCAAAAAUCAACCUUGCACAACUAACGUAUUGGAUAGCUCUCACCGUUGAACCUAUGGCCAAAGAAGCACCCAACACCCUCAAACUCGUUUAUGGAGAUGCGCCUGAUUGGAAAACAACUGUUCUAACACCAAGUCUCCUCAAGUGUGUCGGCAGAUUAACAGCACUGAUCUUUCUGGGCGAGGGCUUCAUGAACAACCCAGAAUGGCAACACAUCUCCGUUAUGUAUACCGUCGACGCUUUUAUGGCCGCACGAGCUCUGAAUUCAUGGCCCGCCUUCGCUCGUCCGUUCGUCCAUUGGUUCUUACCUGAAUGCAAGAAGAUUCGCCAGGAAGUGAAAGUCGCCCACGCCCUGAUUGCCCCCGAGGUUGAGAAGAGACGUGCGGAAAUUGCUACCAAUGGAGGAAAGCCACGACGCAAGGUUCUUGACAGUGUGGAUUGGUUUCAUGCUUCUGCCAAAGGAAGACCUUUCAAUUACGCAGCAGCUGAAUUGAGUUUGGCAAUGGCCAGUAUUCACACGACUACUAACACCCUUGGGUUCGCACUGUUCGACUUGAUUGAAAACCCAGAGUACAUCGACAUGCUAAGAAAAGAAAUCAAGGACGUCUAUGAGGAAGAGGGAAAAUGGGAGAAGAGCACACUAUUCAAGUUGAAGUUGAUGGAUAGUGUCUUGAAGGAGAGUAUGAGAUUACAAGUCCACGCCUUUAGUAUGUCCCUGCAAUACCCGUGUGAAUCAAGGAAAUGAGACUAACAUCAACAGUCAACAUGCCUCGCCAAGCCAUAGCUGAUAUCAAACUCAAGGACGGAACUACCAUCCCCAAGGGUGCAUUCACCUCCGUCGGCCCAAUCCCCAUGCACAACCCUGACAUCUACCCUGAACCAUUGAAAUUCAACGGCCGACGUUUCUUGGACCUCAGAGAGGCACCAGGCGCGGAGAACAAACAUCAAUUCGUCACCACAACUACCGACAUGACUGUUUUCGGCCACGGAAGCCAUGCUUGCCCAGGUCGUUUCUUCGCUAGUAAUGAGAUCAAGUUGUUGUUGGCACAUAUGUUGAUGUACUACGAUUGGAAGUUGCCUGACGGACAGGAUAAGGUUCAACACACCAUCAAUGGAUCAAAGAGAAGUCCAAACGCCAGACAGGCUGUCCAAUUCAAGAGCCGACAGCCAGAGGUGCCAGUCUGAGUUCCUUUAUAUAGAGAUUAUAUUUUUUUGGUAAUUAUUUCAUUUGUUUUUGGCGGGCGGGGUUUUAGAGGUUGGAGUUCUUGGGAAUUUCUCAUCGCUUCUUUUCUAAGAGCUUAUUCUCAUCAUGUCAAUCUUUGCCAGUUAUUCUUUUAAGGCUGUUGGAUAUGAAUGUAAAUAGUUUAAGAGACUGU